AUGUCACAAUUGUUAAUAAUGUGUCUGCUUACACUGGCCAUCUUGCAAAAUUGCGGCAGUUUUUCUCAAGACAUUGUUACCCAGGUACAUUCAAAUGAAUUUAAAAACAAGAGGAAUCAAGGUGAUGUCUAUACUGAUGCUAAGGAAGAGGAAGAGUCUAUUGACGAGUUAAAUUUUGAGACUGUUUUGAUUGUUCCCAAAAAAUGCAAGCAACACAAUUUUAAGGGAGUUUGCAUUAGUUUUCCUUAUAAAACUCAAAGUUUUUCUCAGGCAGAUGAUUGGCAUGAGGAUAGAAAAAAUUUAAAUAAUUAUAACUUUGAGGAACAAACAGAAAAUAAUUGUGGCCAUCAAUUGCACCAGCAUCAUCAACAAUAUCAUCAUAAUAAUGGAUUUAAUGGACAUUUGAAUCCUCAGCAAUAUCCUGCAUAUAAUUCACUAUAUAAUCGUUUAUUUCCAAUACCUCAAGAUAUCCAUCAUCGACCAGAAUAUUACCCCCAAGAUAAACAAUCAAAUGGGUUUAAUAGUGAGAGCAAUCGAAAUGACAGCUAUGCUGAUGCUACUGAAGAAGAGGAGGAGGUAAUUUUUCCGGCUCGUACACUGUUGGAUGCGCCCAGAAAUUUUGCAAACCAAUGUUAUGGUCAAACUUACAAAGGUCAUGAAAUUAUAAGGCCUGUUAAGAGAGAUGACAAUGCUGGACCAGAACAUCUUAAGAAUUCAAAUGGUAAUCAACCACUGCCUUAUGAGUUACAGUCCUCUGGAACUUAUAAUUUAAAUACAAAUUUUCAACGCAAUAUACAGUUACAACGUGAGAGAAAUAAUCCAGAGUUUAGAAGAGUUAUAUCCAAUACUAGGCUCAACAAUUAUGGCGAACAUUUAAACAAUAAGAAUGUUUUAGAUGUUAAUAACCAAAAUAAUAAUAAAGACACUAAUGAUGAUGUUGAUAUUACUUUUCGUACAAUUUUGAAUGUUCCUACAAAUUGUCAGCAUAAAGAUUUUAAAGGUCGUUGUUUAUAG